AUGUCGGCAUCACCUCGAAGCGACCGGGACGACGGCAACACGGACACACCAGUCGAACAAAAGGUCAACAAGAUCGAGCACCAUGAUAGCGGAUCGCGGGAUGAGCGCGAUCGGAAACGGCGGCGCGACGAAGACAGUCCCCGCGACCGUGAACGUGAUCGAGAGCCGAGACGUGAUGAGGACAGUCCGCGUGACCGUGAGCGCGAUAGGGAACGUCGAAGAGACCGCGACGAGCGUGACCGCGAGCGUAGGCGAGACCGUGAUGACAGGGAACGGAGAGAGCGCCGUCGCGACCGGGAGGACGACCGCGAGCGAAGACGGCGAAAGGAGGAGCGGCGAGAGAAACGGCGCCAACGAGAAUCGCGGAGUCGCUCUCCGGCGCGACCGUCGGCCACCAUGGCACUCCACUACGCCGACACUGGCAAGUUUGAGUGGCACAAGAAGAAGGAGAAGGAGAAAGCCCUCGGCUUAUCACCUGAAGAAGUCGCACGGCGCGACGCUGCCCGGCGAUUUGAGGCGGAGGAGGAGCUCGCCAAGCUCCAGAAGAAGCGGGCUGAUCGGGAGGUCGAGCGCGCACUGCGAGAGGAGGAGGACAGCCGGUUACGGCGCGCAGCGGAUGACGCGACUAUGGCUGGGUGGGUUGCCAAGGAGGACGCCUUCUUGCUCGAACAGAGUCGGCGGCGUGCUGGGAUUAGGCUGCGUGAACAGCGCGCCAAGGCUAUUGACUUUCUUGCUAUCAAUCUCCGAUUCGCGAGUGCGGGGCGCAGCGCGGCAAGUAUGGUGCGCGACAACCCGCGGGCCGAGGAGGUGGAGCGCGAGGAAGACGAGGAAGCGUGGGGUUGGGCGGACGCGGGGUUUGCGUUCGAGAUCGACGAGCCGUAUCGCAUCUUCGACAACCUCUCGAUUGAGGAAUGCACCGAGCUCGAAGCCGAUAUUGCCAUGUAUCGCUCGCUCGAGCGGGCCAAGACCAACGUCGCGUUCUGGGACGCCAUGGCGGUACUGUGUGUCCACCAUCUCCGCGAACUUGGUAACCCCGACCAGGCCAAGGGUGGACGGCUGCACAAUGCGGACGUUGAGGACGCCGCGUCCAAGAUUGUCGAGGGUUUGUCAUUUCGGCGCCUCGAUGAACUCGAGGCCAAGACACGCGACAUGAUCCUGGGCGUGGCGGACCCCGAGUUUUGGCGGCUUGUGCUGCGCAAGAUCGAAAUACAGAAGGCCAUCGUCAAGUUGAACUCUGUACACGAGAUCGUGCUCAAGAACCGCCUCGAGUUAUUCCGAAAGCGGCAACGUGAGGAGGCAGCCAAAGCGCAGGUGGACAUGGAGGAGUCGGAGGAUGAAGGCGACCUCGAUCCGGAGUGGGAGGGUGAGGAGGAAGUCGAGGAAGACGAUGCUGUGGAGGCGUACGAUCCAUCCAUGAGCCCGAGGCCAGUAGAUAUCAAGCGGCUCGGGGACGACGCUCGGCUCCCGACCCUGACGCACGCCGAUUACCUCGGGGCCCUCUUCGCUGCGCGCCGCAAAGUCUCUUCUGAGACGUUUGCUCCCAAACUCCCACAGGAAGAGGUGGCAGACACGGACGCGGCGACGGAACGACACUGGCGCGCACGCAUCGCGGCCGAGUCAGCGCACCUCGACGAAGACGAGGGGCUGGAGGACAUGGAGGAGACGGACCUGGCCGAAGGACUGCCGGCCAGCUACGACUGGGGAGACAAGUAUCGCCCCCGGAAGCCACGGUACUACAACCGUAUACACACAGGCUUUGAGUGGACGAGCUACAACAAGGGCCACUAUGACAAGGAGAACCCGCCGCCCAAGAUUGUCAUGGGAUACCGCUUUCACAUCUUCUACCCAGACCUUAUCGACAAGUCAAUGCCACCGAGCUACGACCGGGUCUCGGUCCCGGGAGACGACGACACCGAGCUGCUCGUCUUCCGUGCCGGGCCGCCGUACGAGGACGUUGCAUUCAGAAUUGUCCGCAAGCAAUGGGACUACUCGCACCGCCGCGGGUUUAGGAGCCACUUUGAUCGCGGCGUGCUGCAACUCGCGUUCAAGUUCCAGCGCGACACGUAUCGCAAGUGA